AAAACCAAGUUUUUGACUCGUUGAAGAUUUUUAAAGUCAACAACUGUUGGUUGUUUAUUAUUAAUAGGGGAGCUUACGAAGGGGUUUACAAAGUGAAUUCACAACCAGCAAUCACGUUUAACAUCCAAUUAAUACCCUACCAUUUGAUUGUAUCAUUUUUCAUUUCCUAUUUUGUAGAUUGCCUUACGAAGAGAACAAUUGCUUUACCAAAUAAGUCUUGUAGGAACAAAACGCAAACAAAUUUAAAAAAAAAACCGCAACAACACAAGCUGCUGUUUGAGCCACCCAAAACCUCCCAUCAAGCCACAUCAUCAUCAUCAGCUGCUUCAGCAAGAAACAGUAAAAUUCGCCUCCAACACAAUGAUGAUGAUCACACAACAACAGCAACAACAACAACAACCUUUCACUAUUAAUAACAAUUAUAACACAACUCCUAAAACAGUAGAAGAAGAAGCAAUAAGAAGUAGAAGCAGAAGAAAUAUCGGUCAAAUGUUGAACAAGAUAAAGAAGAGUCUAUUCAAGAGAUUUGGUACUCAGAGUCAAAUCUAUAAUAACAACGACAUUAACAAUAAUAAUAAUUCAACUUCAACAACUACAAUACGACAUGUUGAUAAUACAUGUAAUGACAGAAGUUCGAGAAUUUCAUGGUCGUUGGUGAUGGAAAAUUCUCAAGCCGAAUUCCUCUAUCAAAAUAUCUUCUCGUGGCUUGAUCAUACAACGGUGAUGAGACUUUCAAUGGUAAAUCGAUACAUGAGAGCAAUUUGUGUAGAGUUUCAUCCAGUGUGCUUUAGGAUGGAAUGGUGGAAUUUGACAGAAUAUAAAAAGACGAGUUGUGAAUUCCCAUUUGAAAAGGUGAUUCGUGUACAGUUGGAAGGAGAACCAAUGCUUGAAUACAUGCCAAGGAUUAACUGGGAAAAUGUUCAAUCCUUGCGAAUGAAUGUUCACUAUUAUAAGAAUGUCGACGAGUGUAGCAAGAUUAUUGGUCAUGCCCUUGAAGAAUCCUCGCUGCUCCUGAGAGAAUUAGUAUUGAAUGGAAAGCAACGUGAGAUGAAUGAGAGAUUUACACUGACCAAUGUACUGGACAAGGUUAAUGUGAGAGGUUUGAAAUUGGAGAGAUUGACCACUAAUCUUCCAGUAGAUGUAAAUAGACUCCUCCAAUAUGAAAUGACCAUCAAUAAGAUUAUCAUUGGAGAAUACUUUUGUACAGACAGUCCUUCUGCUGCUUUCUCUAUGAGUCAAUCGACAAGUUCAGUUUGUUGUGGUUCAGCAACAUCCUCUACAAGCAUGAUGAAUGAAAUUGUACAAUCUACUCCCACUGUAAAUAGAACUAAUCAAUGCCUUAUCAAAGUCUUUCGAUGCAAAGUUACAGAGAAGAAUCUGAAAGAAUUUUGUGCAUUAAUUGCCAUGCCUCAAUUCCAAACUCAAAUUUUGGAAAUUACACUCACACCAGCACUCAUUGCUCCAGAAAUUCUGUCCACACUCAUUGAUUUGUUUGUUGCCCACCUGAAACAUGUAAAGAAAGUUGCCAUUGCUAGUAGUCUUGAUCCACUUUUACUCAAGAAGGUAUUCGGAUCCUUUCGAACAAAUUCUAAUACUUUUGAAUUGGUUUUGGUUAAAAAACAAGACAAGCAUCAUAAAAAAUGUUAAAUUAAUAUUCAAAAUUUAUUCAUUCUCAUUAUUGAAAUUGAUAUCUUUUUAAUACUAUUAAAUACUACUUUACAAUAUUAAAAAUUGAGCCCAUUUUUGGUC